GGUUUUAUUCAUUAGGAGACAAAAGGCCGGAGGAAGGUGUUGGCAUCAGCUGAUAUCAAUAUGAAGAAGUUUGCCAGUGCCACACCGGGCCAGUAUGAUGUAACACUGAAGCUCAAACCUCUGUCCGUAAAAGUGGUGGAAGCCACGCUGAAACUGAACUUGUCUUGUAUCUUCCUCAAAGAAGGCAAGGCCACAGAUGAGGACAUGCAGAGUUUGGCCAGUCUAAUGAGUAUGAAACAGAGCGACAUUGGAAAUCUGGAUGACUUUAACGACAGCGAUGACGAAGCUGGUGAGGAGAGGAGGGCCAGCUUUGGACAAGCUACUCAUGUUUCUGCUUCUGCCACCAAAGUACAUGACCUGGCUUGGAGGCCUGUAAUUGAAUCAGGCCCCACAGUAACCUCAGAGAUGGAUUGGAAAGCGUCCUCUGGCAUUUCUUCCACCAUCUCGGUUCCAUCUCGUCCUCCUCUGAACGAACCCCCAGACCCCUCCGUUCCAUCCUUUUUAAGCACGCGACUACCAAGUGCUACCCAGCAGGCUCGGCCCUCCCCCUAUGCCUACUCAUUGCCAGCCUUUACACGUGCUCACCCUCCUGCACUUCCCAAAAUCUUCCAGCCCAGUGCCGGAUCAGCUCCUCGAAGGCCCCAUAGCUUCCACAGUGACUCCUCUCCAGCUGAGGGCUUGGAAGCCCUUUCUUUCUCUAUCUUCACUCCUUCUAAAGCCCUCUCCACCUCUUCUCUGUCUUCUUCGCCCUCUGAUCCGUCUCUCCAUCCUCCUCCCACUUCCGGUGAUACCUCACAAACAGUUUGUCCCAGUGGCUGGAGAGCACAGAGUGUUCCUUCCUUUGCUUCUGUCCCCUCUUCCUCCUCAUCUUCAGCUCCUCUCAGCUCCUUCCCUCCCAUACCUCCACCACCUCCCUCUCGCAGACAGCCCAAAGCUCGCCUCACCUCUGUGGGGGAGCCCUGCUCUGCCCUCACCAGGCCCACAAGUCUGCCAUCUGCCCCUGAGACAGCUUCCUGGCAGAGUGAAUGGAGGCCUCCCAAAUCUCAGGCCCCUCUAGCACAGCCUGCCCUCUCUCCUAAGUUUCUGCAUCUCUCUGCCAAUGAUCCCGGACAGCCUGCAGUGCUGCAGAAAAAGCAGAGAAUAGAAAUGCAAUCUCCAUUCUCUCUGCCCACUGGUCAGUCUUUAGAGCAGGAACCCCAUGGAGGGUCUGGAUUUGUCCCUUCUUCGAGACCCCAGGUCACCCCUACAGUAGAGACCCCCCCACUUUCUCCUUUAAGUACUGCUCCUGUGCUCUGUGGGCCUGCUCUCCCUCCUCCUCAGCCUCAAACUGCCUUAGCCUCCCCCAGUGACCAAGAUGCAGAAUUCAGAAGACAGUUAAGCACGCUGAGUGAAGAGGAUAACCAGUGUACAACCCCCAUAACCUCUGACCCCAGAGCCACAGCCAGCGGCAGGCCAGAGCUGUCCAGGGCUUCAGAAAGGAAAAGAGAUACACAUUUUGGAAUUGAGGUUGUCAAGGCAUCAGCAGGACCUGAGAGCAUGGCCUCACUUCUGCCCCAUAGCUCCAGAACACCCAAAGCCCCAGGGCUAAAAUAUUUUGAGACACGAAAAACACAAAUGGAUCAGACAGAGUCAAGGCCAGCAAGAACAUUUCCUAAUGUCCAGCCAACACGUGUUACGUGUUCACUUAAGCAAAACCCUGAUUUUCAAGAUCCAGCAUCUGCCUCAGUCAAGGAACUUCUGUUUAAACCAAGAAGUCACGUAUCCAAGAUGUCCAUUCAGUUAGGGAAUCCAGUAGCCGAACCAGAGCCUGUUCAGCGUGAAGCCCUUUCUCCCACCAACCCUGAACCUACUUCCAUAUCACUCCAGGGACCUUUGUUGCACUUGCCUCAAAUUGCUACAACCUUUGAUACUAAACCUAUUGGAAGAAUAGCAGUGGCCCAUAAAAAAGAAGCUGUAACUAUGGAUUUAGGAAAUGAGAGCAUGGCUGCCUCAGUGUCAUCUUGUCUCAGAAACGAUAGUUCUGCUUGUCCUCCAAUGGUGUUGAACAUAACACCAGAAGUUGAGUCUGGAGAAUGGUCCAUUGCGAAAAACUCACAGUCGGAGAAGCCACAAAGAGACACUCGUAAAAUCAGCCCUGCUGUUCCAGUUAUAGAUAAGAAAAUCAAAUGCAACACAUCUGCCUCUGACAACGUCACUACAAGAUUGGAAUCUUAUUUUGGGAUUCUCUCAGCACAGCAGCCCAAAACAGGCAAUACAUCAAAACAAAGAGAAGAACCUAAUGUGAAUUUUGCAUCAUCUUCCUCAAAAAGCUUUGUUGUGGAAGAUUUGGACCCUUGUAUAGAGAAAGAAAGAACUGAACAUGUGGAUAUGGAUAAAAGACCAUUGUUUGAAAGUGAUAAGAGAGUUACACAGGAAUUUAUGCUACCAAACUCUGCAGUCACUAUAGAAGAAAAGUGUGUGUACACGUCUAUGGUGGAACAUGGUCCAUUGUGUCCAAGAGGGAGUUCUGUUUCUCAUUUAUCAUCCAUUUUACAGCCUGAAGCUCAGAUUGAAGAAACAAUGAGAGUGCCGAGUAUGAUUAAGUUACUAUCAAGUUGCCCACAAUAUUCUAAGAUUCCUGGCAUGACAUGUUUACAUCAGUCACAAGUUAUAGCUUGGCUGGAUGAUAGGAGGUUAUUGUUUCGGAAGUUACCCAGCCACAGAUUUCCCUUACUCCUGUAUUCAAAUUAUGUCAGUUCCCUUUAUGAGGGUAGUACAGGAACUGCAAAAAUGGUGCACUUAACACCAACCUGCUCCACGUCUGCCAGUAUUCCUGGAUUCCCAUCCUCUUUGAAACGGGAGCCAAAUAUUACUCACCUUUUACCUACAUGUCCCAGAAUUUGCAGGAUUCCAGGGUUAGCUUGUGCUGGAUCAAUGACUGUAUAUGGAAAGAGUGUUUGGGGCAGACAUUCUUUAUGGACGAAACCAAUGCAGACAAAAGAAGCAUUUGUUUUGAACAUGUCUUGUGUUCAGGAACAAGCUGUCAGUGAUACUAAUAUGAUUAUAGUAAUGGUGGCCAUGUUGCCAACAUGUCCUAGAAAGGCCAGUGUUCCAGGGUUUCCUUCUGCACCAUUGCAGAAGGUUUUAAAUACUCCAAGUAUGGCCAGUCUUCUCCCAACAUGCCCCAAACAGACAAUGAUUGCAGGCAUGCCAUUUAGACAAAGAGUUACGGCAAAAAAUGACAGCUGGCAUUUUUUGAGGGAAAUGAAAGGAAUAAAUGGACCAUUGAAUCCUGUCCGGGUUCAGGAGUCAAAGUCAAAGGAUGAUAAAGAAUCUAUGAAACAUAUGGUAAAUCUAUCAUCAUCUUGUCCCUGGAAAGCAAAAAUUCCUGGUUUCCCAUCUGUAUCACAAAAAGAACCCAGUGUGCCUGGUGUUCCAUUUGUACCAAGCCAAUAUCCCUGCAUGGCAAAUUUUCUGCCUACUUGCCCAAGAAAAACAAGAGUCAUUGGUUUACCCUCUAAGGAGCCAGUUAGUGCUCAAGGUGAAUUCUUGACUCUAACCAAGCAUAUUUUGAUGGAGAAGCCCUUGAGUGUAGGUGAAGUCUUGAUUCAAGAUAUUUCCCCUGUAGUUGCUUCUCAGGAUCUCGACAAAAGCAAAAUGUUCUGUUCAGUGGCAAUGUUGCCCUCAUGCCCUGUAAGAACUUGCCUUGUAGGUAUGCCUACAGGACCCCAGAAGCUGUUACCGAGUAUUGUCAGUUUUGUACCUACAUGCCCUAAACUGACCCAAAUUCCUGGUAUGCCAUCUCGAGAUCAAAGCAGAGGAAAACAGAACAGAGAUUGGCAUGCCUCAAAGAGAUUAAUUAACAAGAGAUCAGAGGAGACAAGACACGCUUACAUUGUUCAGUGGUUACCGAAAGAGACAGAAAGCCUUAAAAAUAUGGUAGAUAUGUUCUUAAGUUGCCCACAAAAAGCCAAUGUUUUUGGCUUACCCUCUGCUCCACGACAAGAACCCAGUAUGGUUAAUGUAAUGCCCUCAUGCCCCAGACAUAGUGGAGUCCAUGGCUUACCUUCAAAAACUGGACAAAAACUUUGUUUAUCCAGAUGCAAUGAAUGGUUUGCUUACAAAAGUUUACAGUGGGAGAGUCAAUUUAUCAAAAGGGAAGUGCUGAUUCUAAAUGCAGUUUUAUGUUUUGACAAGAACACUUCUCUGAGUAUGAGUGCAAUAUUACCCUCUUGCCCUGAAAAUGCUAGUGUACCUGGGUUUCCCUCUGCUCUGACACCUACAAUAGCUGAUGGCCCAACUAUGGUACAUUUAUUGCAUAGUUGUACAAAGGAAUCUAGAGUUCCUGGAAUGCCAGUUAGAGACACCACCAAACAAUUAGAGUGGCUAAUGGAAAGAAAGUCGCUGCUAUUCCCUGGUGAGAAGUCUGGAGUUACAUCACAUUUACAGGAUGUUAAUGUGUUCUAUCUUGAUUGUGAUGCAAUCAUAAAUAUGGUAUCAAUAUUGCCGUCCUGCCCACCAACAGCCUGCUUACCUGGCUUUCCAUCAAUACCAUGUCAGAUGUUGGAAGAUAUGCCAAGUAUGAUCAAUCUGCUACCAACUUGUCCAAGGCAUUCCAGAGUUUGUGGAAUACCCUCUAGAUUCCACAGUGAGUCUGAUGAAGCAGAAUGGAGUGUAGACAAAAGGCCAGUAUGGGAAAGGCCAUUAACAAACCUAGGAAGACUGUCAGUAAUACAUGACUUUAAGAUGUGUUUUAGAGAAAAGACAGUGGUCAGUAUUAUGGUAUCAAUGUUGCCACCCUGUCCCAAACACUCAUAUAUUCCUGGAAUUCCCUCUAAGGUAGUAGAGAAAUCAGUCGAGGCUGUGUUGAAAGAAGCUCCCAGCAUGUUAAAAUCCUUAGGCACUAUCCCAAAACACUGUAAAAUUCCAGGUCUACCUGCAAAGAAUAGUGCAAACAACAAUAGUGGUUGGUAUCUGGACAGGAAAGCAGUUUGGGAAAACCCAUUCAAUAGAAGGUACAGAGUUGUUCACCAAGAUUUUACAGUGAAGGAAAUGUCAUAUAGGGACAAAGAAAUAAUGCUGAGUAUGCUUCCAUCAUGUCCACGACAAGCCCUAAACCCUGGAUUUCCAUCUGCUCCACGACCCCAAACUGUUGAUGCCAUUGUGGAAAAAAAUGCAGACAUGGUACAGUUGCUGCCAUGUUGCCCUAGACAGUCAAAUAUCAUUGGUUUCCCCUCAAGAGCCUCAGUUAGUUCUGAUUCUAAAGUAGAGGGCUGGCCAGUGGUGAUGAUAAGGACGCAAAGUUGCUGUCCAUUUUACAAAAAGUAUGGCUCUCCUCACAAAGAGUGUCCUAACAUUGUUCUCAGUUCUGGCAUCAUAGCAGUUCCACAGCCAGACUUAGACCGGCUUUCAAAUAUGGUAAAUAUUUUGCCAUCUUGCCCAAAGAAAGGUUCUGUUCUUGGUGUACAAUCAACACAUGUGCACCAUUCAGGACUGGGGUGGCCAGUUAAAACACUGCUAUUGAUGAAGCCAGAGACAAAAACAAUUGGAAAGGAAAGAGAAAACCUGAUGAGUCAACAGCUGUCACUAGAAGAACAUUCCUUUUGUAAGGUUUCUGUCAACAAAAGAUCCAUGUGGUUUAUAGUCCCUAGCCAAAAUGUACCAGAGGAUGUACAUCAAAGAGUGACAACUAAGCCUUUAACCUGUCCUGUUGAGGCAAUUGUUCAAGACUUACCAUCAUCAAAUUCUGAAAUACAAGUGGACCAGCCAUCCUCUAGAGUUAAUGGCAUUGAGAUGUUAUGGGAUGAGUCCAGUACAACCAGAUUAGAUCUUGACUCAAAGAAAACAAAAUCUGAUGUAUGUUCACCAUUGGAGAUGCAUAAAGAUGACCAGGGCUUUUGGAUACCGAUUGAGGCUGAAGAAAUAGCCUUUCUAGAAAAAGGAGACUUGCAUUGCAGAAUGUGGCACUCAGUGCCUGACAUGCCACUAUUCUUGAGUGUUAGGAAGAGCCUCUUGGGUCAAAAGGAUACCCAAGAAACAGAGAUAUCAGUGUUUGAGAAGGGAGGUACUGUUGGCAAGGAAGCAGAGACUGCUGAAGUCACUGUGCAGGAUCAUGGUUUCAUGCCCUCAGAAGAGCCAAAUAAAACUUCAGUAGAGUCAAUGGAUGUCAUUACUACAAGUUAUGACACUGUGGAACAAGGAUGUGUUAGAUACUCUGAGAGUGGACAUGAAAACAUGAUUUCACUACAGCCAUCAUGCCAAAUUGCUGCUGCUGCAACAGAACCCCUUUGCCAAACCCAAAUAUAUAAUGCUGAGCAGCAGUUAGAAAAACAUCCCACAAACAGGACCAUAAUAUGGGAGGAGCUACCAAAGGCAGCUACAGUCAAAUGCCCAACAGACAAGACCAUACUAUGGGAGGAACUACCAAAGGUGACUACAGAGUUAACUAGAAACACAUCAGAGGACAAAAAGAAAAUUAUAAAAGAAAUGGUCAGUGUGGUCCCGUCGUUCCCUGGUGCUGCCAUGAUCACAAGUCUCUCUACCACGAUGUUAGACACUGAAGAUGAAAUGAAGAGAAAGACAGAAGUUGGAAUGGCAGGUCUGUUGCCGAUAUGCCCAACAGUUAGCAGGAAAUUUGAAUUUACUGCUACUGCUAACCAAACUGAAUGCCUACUAGACAGUGAUAAGGGGGAUAAGUCAUCAAAGGAUAAUGAAGUUCUAACCACUGAGGGUGCUCUUCAUUUAAAAGGACAUGCAGAUCUAGUAGAACAAAUAGUGGAUAAAAAGUCUUCCUGUGCUAGUGCACAAUGUAUGCCAUAUUAUGUGAAGUCUGAAAUUGAGUCCAAACAGUACACUUUCUUGGAAACCUGUCCCAGUGUGACAUACAUUGCUGGCAUGCCGUCCAAACUGCCCGUAAAAGAAGAACAACACUGGAAUAAAGAUCAAAAGCCAAAGUGGGAGAACCAAUCAAAAAUGAAAGAACUAUUACAGCCAUAUGCCUCAAAGGAUGAUGAAAAGAACAAGAAGGAAAUGGUUUCACUGGUUCCGUCUUGCCCGAGAGAGGCUAGAAAUCCAGGGUUCCCAUCUGUACCACAAUGCAGUUUAGUUUUUUAUGGCCCAAACAUGGUGAAUAUUUAUCCUAGUUGCCCAAGUGUAUCCAAUAUACCUGGUUCACCAUCUAUCAGUGAAGCCAAUAAAGGAUCAUGGGUAUCACAAAAGGAACCACUUUUGAAGAAGAAAAUGAAAACUGGACUUGUUUUCAUGACAGUGUCACCAAAAGAGAAGGAUGAAUUUAAGCUAAUGGGAGCUUUGCUACCAACUUGCCCAAAACAUUCUUGUAUACCAGGCUUCCCCUCAAGUCCACAUCCUACUAUAGCACAUCAUGGAUCAGAUAUGAUGAGCCUUUUAAGCUCUUGCCCCACAACUUCUUUUAUUGAUGGUAUUCCAUCUUUAAUAGAACAUUUGAGCAAAAGCUGGGCUACAGAUUACAAACCUCUAGGGGCCACACGGCCAAAAGUUGAUACAGUCAUGAUUAAAGAUAGACUUUACAGUGAUAACAUUCAGACUAUGUCAGCUUUAGCACCAACUUGUCCAAAAGAAUCUUGUAUCCCUGGAAUUCCAUCUGCUAUGGAACCUACACUAGUCUAUAAAGGGUUUAGUAGGGUCAAUAUCCUUUCAUCUUGCCCGGCCACCUCCAGUAUGGCUGGUUUUCCUUCGAUGCAGAAAGCUGACAGCAAAGACUGGAACUCUAUUCAUGUGCCAUUAUGGGAGAAGCAAAUUAAAAAGGAGACUAUAUUGCUACUGGAGAACAAUAAAAUUGAUGAAGACCUGAAAGGAGUCGUUUCUCUUGCACAAAGUUGCCCCAGAGAAUCAAAAAUCUCUGGGUUUCCCUCUGUACCAAAUCCCAGAAUGAUUAAUGUUGUUCACAUGACAAAUAUGGUCAGUCUUUCAAGCAUGUGCUCAAAAAUGUCACAGAUACCAGGAUUUCCAUCAUUUUGUAAUUCAGAAGAGUGGACAAUCAGCAGGGAACCACUAUUUGAACCAAGAAUGAAAGACAAGCAGGUGUCAUUGAUUGACAGACGUAAAAGUCAUAGGAGAGCAAUGAAAGCAAUGGUUUCCCUUGUACCAUCCUGUCCAAAAGAGGCACGGGUGUCAGGAUUUCCUUCCCAUCCAAAUCCUGUAACUGUGUAUUGUGCACAAAAUAUUGUCAGCAUUUUUACAUUGUGCUCUCAAGUUUCCAGAAUACCUGGAUUCCCGUCAGUUUAUGGGGAUAUGAGUGUAGGAUGGGUAACAGAAAAGGGGUCACUGCUGAAGAGGCUACCAAAGAAGGAAGUCAUAUUUGACACAUCAAAUGACAACAAUAGGAUAAUGAAGAAUAUGGUUUCCUGUGUACCAUCCUGUCCUAAAAUGUCAAGUAUUCCUGGUUUCCCAUCUGUUCCAAAUGCCAAAACAGUGUAUUAUGGCCUAAAUGUAGUCAAUCUCCUUCCUUUGUGCCCCCCAGUCUCUAUCAUACCUGGGUUUCCAUCAGUUGAAGGGAACAAAGAAGAAGGAUGGGUUGCUGAACAGGGUUCAUUGAUGCACAGACCCCAAAAGAACACUCAGUUUAGGAUUAACAGCUCACCAAUUAACAUAGACAAGCCAAACAACAUGCUUGCUUUGGUCCAUUCUUGCCCGGGCUCAUCAAAGAUUCCAGGCUUCCCAUCUGUCCCUCAAUACAAUAUGCUGAGUCUUGUAUCUGUUUGCCCCAAAGUGUCCAGUUUGCCUGGAUUUGCAUCUGUUGAAGGGGCUUCAAAAUUCCAGUGGCUUUUUGAUGCACACACUUUGUUUGAUAAGCCGUCAAAGGAGACACUUUUUGUGAUACAUAGUCAAAAUCAAGUCCAAUCAAGAGAGACUAUGAAGACAAUGUUGGCCUUAGCACCAUCUUGCCCAGAAGCAUCCAGGACCGCUGGGUUUCCCUCUGCACCCCAAACCAAAUCCAAGAUUGAACCCAAUAUGAUAAGUUUUGUACCUUGCUGCUCCAGUGCUUCAAGUCUCAAAGGAUUUGCAUCCAUGACUACAAUCCCAAGCACAGGGUGGCUAAAUGAAACAAAACCAAUUUUGAUAAAGCCUCAAGAGACAAGGGCAGAAAUGAUUACGUUACUUUCUGGACAGGACAAGCUAUAUUGCGACAACAUGAAAAGCAUGGUGACAUUAGUAACUUCCUGCCCAAAAGAGGCCAGAGUACAUGGCUUUCCCUCUGCUCAAACUGUAAACAUGCAACCAAACAUGGUCAGCUUAUACCCAUCUGCUCCAUGUGUUUCAUCUGUCCCAGGUUUUCCAUCAGCAAGAAUGCUUAGCUCUGAAUGUAUAAAUAUACAAACUAGGACAACACAAAGCAAGCCCCUGUUUGAGAAGCUGCGGAAUGACAAAAUCUUUCUAAUUGCAAAAUUUCGAGCAAAACACAAGCAUACACAAGAUGAAAUGAAGUAUAUGGUUGCAAUGGCUCCAUCAUGCCCCCAAAUUACUAAAAUUCCUGGGUUCCCCAGCAUUUCACAAUUGAAUCCAACUGAGAAAGAAACACUGACUAAUCCAUUCCCUUCUUCUACUGAGAAGCAUACAUCACAAGAAUUACCAAGUCAGUCACAUCUCAAAGACACAAGAAUUCCUGAUGUUCCCUCCACAUCUAUUAGCAACCCCAACACAGCACUUGCAUAUGAGGAAAAAUUCAAAGGCGGUGCAAAGCAAAACAUAGACCUUUGUGUAGAUAAAGGCCAAUCACAGAUAGAGAGAAUAGCAGCAGAGGAAACCCAAACAGUGAAGAAACCAUUGGACACAUCAGAGGCAGCGGGUGUCUUGGGUUGGGAAGUAUUGGAGGCAGAGGGAACAAUAACAGAAAAACAGAAAGAAUCUACUUUGUCAGCAAAACAGGAAGACACCUCAGGAUUAGUAAAGGCUAUUGUGGGUGUUUUCCACAAAGGUUAUGAAACAGUAGCAUCCAUUUUGGGGCCAUCUACCUCUACUUUGGCGGAAGAGGAUCACCAACCUAAGGCUGUCUCUUCUAUGGAUCUGAAAGACAAGACACAAACUCCUUUAGAUGAGUGUUUUUCAGAUUUUGUGGACAACAGUAUGCUCAUACAGAAGAUAGAGGGCCAGUUUGAAGACAUUCACACCAAACAUAGCAUUGAAUAUCUUACAAGUGCAGAGCCUUACAUGUGGGACUUGGUAGGUGGUCGAUCAGCAUCUCCAUCACCAGCUCCUGACAGUGAUGACGGGUUUUUGGUUUGUGCAAGCAUGAAGAAAUGGCCACCGCUGACAGAGGCAGAUAUCACUGAAAUAUCGAAGGACAAUAGUGAACAAGUAAAGGAACAAGAAGUUGCUUUUGAUAAAUGGCAUACAAAGAAGAGAUCAUUUACAGGGCAGGACUCUAUUCAAACACCAUUACAUGUUGAAAAUGUGUUAGCGGGACAUCAGACUGUGACAGAACAGGAUGAGGUUAGGACAGUGUCAACUUCUUCACAGCUGGAUAAAGGCCCCCAAAAAUCAAGCAUGGGAGAAAUUCCUGCUACUUCUCUGCAGCCUACAUCAAAUGAGUCACUGACAGAUGCCAGUUCAAAUAAAGAGAUACUGAUGGAUAAACCCUCAGCUUUUCAGAACAUUACUCUAAUCGGACCGCAAGCUGAUAUUGCUGUCCCUCAGCGAGGCAGAAGACCUAGGAGGAAAGUCCCAGAACCUCAGCAGCAAGGGUGUGAUCAAGAAAAAGAGACUGCUCCAUUACGACCACUCAGAAGGAAGGAUAGUUUAACACCAGACCGCAAACAAAAAUCUUAUAGUUUGUCAGUCAAGCUCCUCCCUGAGGUUAUUCCAGUUCAGUUUGUAAGGGAAGAUGCUCCUGGUGAGAUAAUUCCUGCACAGCCUGUCAUUGACCAAUCUUCCAGCAUAAAGAAAGGAGACAGUAGCGUUCCUCUAGAUGUACCUCAAAAUAAAAAUGCCCAAGAACAUGUACAAGUAACACUAUACACUGGUGAUCAAAGAGAAAAAGAGGAAGCUGAAUCUGUGCAAAUAUGUAUGGAUGUUGUUCCUCCUCCCCGUGUGAAAAGAAGAGAUGGUAGUUUGCCACCUGAAACUCCAAAAACAACUGCCCCUUGCAAGCCUCUGAGGAGAAAAGAUGGUGUCACUAGAGGGACAUUUGUUUCAAAAACUAAUGACCAACAGGAUUUGAAAGUCAGUUCUGCUUUGAAAACUUCUGAUCCUGUUCCUUCUCAACCUUGUGAGAGAAGCUCUGAUAUCUCAGGUGCUCUUGAACCUUUACAGAGCAUUGAUAAACCUAGUCAAACGGCCACUGAAAUGAUCCCCAGUCUGGUUAGGAAUGCAUCUCUACAGGCAGACACCGAAUUGAUUGGCUCAAAAGACUUAGAACAAACCUCUUUUACUCCCGAAUGGUCCAAUAAAGCUUCUUCUCACAAAAUUCCUCCCUCGAAAACAAAAGGAAUUGAGAGCAUCGCCCCAAAUUCAGAACCAGACAUAUUUCAUGUUGACCAAACUGCUUCUCUCUCAAUCAUCAAGAAGAUACGUCUCCCACAAAGUGGCAAGAGAUUGCCUUCAAGAAAAUCUGUCAAAAUUGACAGUGACAAAGAAAUUAUGGAACAAAAUUUAAAUGUUGCAAACAAGGAGUCUGUAAAACCAGUCCAGAUUGACAACGCUGUUAUGGCUGAUAUAGAAGAAAUAAAGCAGUCAAAUAUAGCUGGUGAUGCAUAUGUUGAUAUAGUCAAUGUUACAUCUUCUCAGAAAUCAGAGAAUGUAUCAGAGAUAGCACAGGCAGAGAAGCACAAACAAACAACAAUUUGUAUACUAAAGCCUCAUGUGAGGAAACGGCUCAGCUCCUUCCCAGAUGUUACAUUUACGGAGAGCACACCUUCCCAUGGAGAAGAGCCACAGGCAGCAAGGCAAGGUGGUUCUUUAUUCAUUUCCUCAACAACUAAAGAAUUGACAAAGAUGCAACACAGACAAGGCUUACCCCUUCUGCCUCUGGGGGAUCAGCCUUCUACAUCUGCAGAAGAAGUGGCCCCUGUAAAGUUGAGGAGAAGCAGAUUGACCAUUGAGAGCAGUGUUCAAGUACAGGAUAAUGAUAUUUCAGAAAAGUCUCCAGGAGAUUUAAGCUUGCCUGUACCAAAACCAAGAGUAAAAAAACGUCUCAGUGGUUCAUUCCAAGAUGACGUUACAAUUUCUGGCUCACCAACUCCUGGCCUACCAGACACAGGUAAUGAAUCAGUCCAUAAGAGUGAACAGUCAAGCUUUCCUGUUCCAUUGCCUCGGGCCAAGAAACGUCUUAGUGCAACAUAUUCAAUUACAACACCACCUAUAGACAAUGUAUCCUCCCUAGAAAUGGAAUCUUCUCAGAGAAACCAAGAAGAUACAUCUGUCACUUGCAAGGAAACAAAGGAAGGCUCAACAACGCUGGAUUCAAGUGUGAUCUCUGAAGAAGGUUUUGUCACAAUCCAAGGAGAAGGUGAUGUUACAUCAAAGUUGGAAAGGGAAGUUUUAGCAGCAAUGAGAGAAGAAUUUCCACAGGCAGACUCUGUAGAAGACAAUGAGAAGGCACUGGAUGAAAUCAUUGAAGGCUGGACCUUUACAGAUAAACCUGUUACUGAUGACUUAGAGAAGGCUGCAGAGGCAAUGUCUGAGCAGGCUGACAUUGAAAAGGUCCUAGAAGCAGAGGUUGAUAGGUCCCUUGUUUCUACUGUAGCAUCUUCUCAGGAUGACUGGCUGCAUGUAGAGAAUGAUAAAGACAGUGAACCAAUGGAAAAAAACUCAAGGAAGGACAUAGGGGAUGAAGAGUUGGACUUUGGCUUUGUGUCUGUAGAUGUAGCCACUGGUUGUUUAAAGGAAGAAAGGCAAAGGAAGAAGGCAAAAGAAUCUCCAGGUGGUUCUUACCAAGACAACAGCAAGUCACAGGUUGCUGACCUCCACCAAGCUAGUGAACCAACAACACCUCAGAAGAGACCUGCAGAUGGGGCUGCCUCUCCAGAAAACCUUUCGGCCAGUCCCAGCUUAGUGACAUCCAGUCAGUCUCUACUGGAAUGGUGUCAGGAAGUCACGAAGGGUCACAAGGGAGUGAAGAUCACCAACUUCAGCACCUCCUGGAGGAACGGCCUCGCAUUUUGCUCCAUCUUACAUCACUUCCACCCAGAGAAGAUUAACUAUGAAAUGCUGGACCCGUAUGACAUCAAGCGCAACAACAAAAAGGCCUUUGAUGGCUUUGCCGAACUUGGCAUUUCCAGGCUGAUGGAACCUUCAGACAUGGUCAUGCUAGCAGUGCCUGACCGCCUCAUUGUCAUGACCUACCUCAACCAGAUCCGCACCCAUUUCACUGGCCAGGAGCUCAGUGUCCUCCACAUAGAGAAGAAUAGCAGUGAGUCCAGCUAUGCAGUAGCAGGAGACCGGGAGAGCCAAGAAGACCCAGAGGCAACCGUUCGCUACUGCGCCCAGAGGCUCCAAGAGGAGAAUAUCAGUCUUGAGACUAAUGGGACUGCUGGCACAACAGACAAGGACAGUAAAUCCAGUCGGGAUGUGGUUCCACCUCCCAGAACCAAACGGCAGCAGAUUGCCGGGGCAUGUGGGGCUCAGUUACCAGUGGCACCACCAAGGACUCAUUUCCUAUCCAAGUCAGGUUUCUCUCAUGUGAAAGAUGCUGAUCUGGUCAAAAAACGUAGGUCACAGCGGAGAAGUGGGUCAGUAGAUGAAGGAGAUAUAGCAGUGGUUGUUGCAGGGCAAGAAGACGGUGUAAAUACCCGGAGGAAGUCAGAAACAGAGAGGACAGAGGUGGUUGAGGAGGGAAGACCAGAAGGCCAGGACCAGAGCCAGUAUGUAUUGAAUCAGAUGGAAGCCCUAGAGGCGGAACAGAACCAUAUUGAUAACAGAGCAGGCGUGGUGGAGAGGAAACUCAGACAAUUACUGGAAACAGGCAGUGACAAGGUGGAGGAGGAGAGGUUGAUUCAGGAAUGGUUUAUGCUGGUCAACAAGAAGAAUGCUUUAAUCAGGAGGCAGGACCAUCUGCAGCUACUGCUGGAGGAACAAGACUUGGAGAGAAGAUUUGAGCUGUUGAACAAAGAGCUGAGGGACAUGAUGGCAAUCGAAGAGUGGCAGAAGUCUCAGGCCCAUAAACACAGAGAGCAGCUGCUGCUCCAGGAGCUGGUUUCACUGGUCAACCAGAGAGACGAACUGGUCCACAAUAUAGACGCCAAGGAGAGAGGAGCUCUGGAGGAGGACGAGCGUCUGGAACGAGGCCUGGAGCAGCGGAGGAGGAAGUAUGCUAAACAGCAGAAGGAGAAGUGUAUGAUGCAGUGAUUCUGUCGACCUCCGGCCCCGAAUUGCUCGGUUACCGAUCUGGAAGAAUGUGGGUCAAGACAAAACCAAGAACGGGACAAUGGGAUGUUUGGUGCUCUUUCACCUGCUGCAGAGUCAACAGCAAGAGGACAUGUAGGCCAGGACUGCCAACACAGCUGAUCCAUGGAGGAUGCACAAGAACACACUGAGCCAGUAUAAGGUGGUGUUCUUCUAAUAGAGACAGAGGUGGUCCACAACCAGAGUGAGGUUCCCGGACAUGUCAGCUAUGUUUCGGCCCUGUUUUUUUUUUUUGUGUCUUAAAAUGUGACACUAGGCUCCAUUUUAUGACCAAAGGUAAUUGGAGUGGGCAGUAGUGUUUCCACAAUCCAUUGUCCAUUUAUCAAACCCUACAGAAUGCAACAAGGAACUUUGACCCACUUAGCAGAAGCAACACGUUCUCAUCCCAGUUCAUCAUAUACCAGCUAAUGCUUUGUCACACCCCUUGGCAUCAUUUACAGAAGCACAAGGGACCCUUUGGUCUCUGUGUGAGACGCCUUUUCAACAUGUUGUGCAGUGAUAGCAGUUUGGUUAGGUUUAGGAAAUGAAACUACUGGGCUAGGUUGAGGAAAAGAUUAAUUUUGUAUCUUACAUGAUGUCUGAGCCAUCCAUCCAUCCCAAGCCCCUCCUUACACGGACUAGAUCAAAGCCUG